CCGGGCCCAGGCGCGAUGGUGCAGCAGCGGGGCGCGAGGGCCAAGCGGGACGGCGGCCCGCCGCCCCCGGGGCCCGGGCCGGCCGAGGAGGGGGCGCGUGAGCCCGGCUGGUGCAAGACGCCGAGCGGCCACAUUAAGAGACCGAUGAACGCGUUCAUGGUGUGGUCGCAGCACGAGCGGCGGAAGAUCAUGGACCAGUGGCCCGACAUGCACAACGCCGAGAUCUCCAAGCGCCUGGGCCGCCGCUGGCAGCUGCUGCAGGACUCGGAGAAGAUCCCGUUUGUGCGGGAGGCGGAGCGGCUGCGCCUCAAGCACAUGGCGGAUUACCCGGACUACAAGUACCGGCCGCGCAAAAAGAGCAAGGGGGCGCCCGCCAAGGCGCGGCCCCGCCCCCCCGGCGGUGGCGGUGGCGGUGGCGGCGGCGGCGGCGGCGGCGGCGGCAGCCGGCUCAAGCCCGGGCCGCAGCUGCCGGGCCGCGGGGGCCGCCGAGCAGCGGGCGGGCCUUUGGGGGUCGGCGCGGCGGCGCCCGAGGACGACGACGAGGACGACGACGAGGAGCUGCUGGAAGUGCGCCUGGUCGAGACCCCCGGGAGGGAGCUGUGGAGGAUGGUCCCGGCGGGGCGGGCUGCCCGGGGACCCGCGGAGCGCGCCCAGGGGCCGUCGGGCGAGGGGGCGGCUGUCACCGCCUCCUCCCCCACUCCGUCGGAGGACGAGGAGCCGGAGGAAGAGGAGGAGGAGGCGGCGGCGGCGGAGGAAGGCGAAGAGGAGACGGUGGCGUCGGGGGAGGAGCCGCUGGGCUUUCUGUCCAGACUGCCCCCCGGCCCCGCCGGCCUGGACUGCAGCGCCCUGGACCGCGACCCGGACCUGCCGCCCCCCUCGGGCACGUCGCAUUUCGAGUUCCCGGACUACUGCACCCCCGAGGUUACCGAGAUGAUCGCGGGGGAUUGGCGCCCGUCUAGCAUCGCCGACCUGGUUUUCACCUACUGAGCCCACCGUCAGCGGGGCGCGCACGCCCCCAAACCAGCUGUUUACAUACAGGAAUCAGGUAUUGGGGCCCCUCGGAGGCCGAGGCUGGCACCCCAUCUCCCGCGCAGCCUCCCCCCUCCUAGACGUGCCCAUCCCCCUCGAAUCCAGACAUGCCCCUCCCCCGCAGACACACCCCAAGGCAGCCCAACCCCCACUCUUUCCCUGACAUCCAAGCCCCGCCCCGUCUUGCCCCCUCCCGCACAGCCACCAGCAGCCAGCCCCCCUCCUUUACACCUCCCGUCCGCUCCUACAGACCUGCACCCCUCCCCCACCUCGCACACGCCCCUCCUCGUGGCCGGAGGACACGCCCCUGCCCUUGCUCCCGAAUCCCUCCGCCUAGCCCGCCUCUUCUCUUGUUUAGGGGGCGCUGCGGCUGGGCGGCACCGCGCGCUCCUCCCAGGCCCCUCUCCUCCCCCUCUCCCUCCCCCUCCCCCUCCCGGAGCGCUGGGGCACGCCCCCUUCUCGCGCAUGCUUAAUGCUCCUUGGGAGGAGGGGGCCGGUCUCAGUCGGACCGCACGCUUCUGUGGCCCGCUCCGGGAAGAAGUGGGGAGGGUGUUGAGCGAUCCUGAGAAAUCUUUUAUCCGGGAGCCGCGGCUUCCUUUCAACCCGACGGGGCGUCGCUGCCUUAAUGGGAGGAGCACUAGGAAGGGGGAGAAGGAGACUAGCUGGCCCGGAAGGGUUUGGUUUGGAACUUGGAACUCUCCCUGGUGGCAAAGCCCCUUUUCCUUGCGGGGUUGCCUAGAUUGACGUGCAUCUCCUUCUCCCACCGCCACCCACCCCCAUCCCCGCCCCACCCCCACCCAGCCUACCUACUCGCACCGCUAGACUGCCUCCACAGUCUACCUUGGUCCCAGAAACCUCCCUUUUCUUUCCCCCACCUGGGAACUGAGAAUAGGGUCUUCAUCUGGAACUGCACCACGAGAGGACUGCCCAAGGAAACUCCGCACCAAGGCAUUUAUGGGAGUCUGUCUGGGGACAGGGUUCUUGCUGCUCUGUCCACCCCUCCCCAGCCGAGUGCCCCAUCACGACAAGGCACACUCCCAGCCUGGGCUUCUCCCUACGCCCGCCACUCCCUCCUAUCACUCGAGUCCUGUGCCCACAGUGACAGUAUUCAGUGGGAGAAACUGAGGCACGGUGGUACUGGGUGGGGGGUGUUGAGACUGAGCCACGAUAGCAGCCGGAGUGGCAAGAAGAGCCCCGCUUUUAAACAGCUGGCUUGAGAAAGACUAUCGACUGGGCCAGUGAGACUGGAGGGAGGGUCAGAGUAGCGGAGGUGUGUCGUUUGCGCCUGUUUUUCCACGUGAAAACUUGGUACAGGGCUGCUGUCUGAGGAGGUUGUGUUCAGUUCGGGGUGCCCUCGGGGACCCUGCCCCUCUCACUCCCCAACUCUCCCAUCAAGUUCCGCCCCUCCGGCCUCCCCACACCCCUUUCUGCCCUCACUACCUGUAUCUCACCGGCGUGUGUUCACCCUCCCGGGUGUGCACACACUCUCAUUCACACACACAAAUCUCAGGAACAAACGGUCCCAGAGUCCUCCUGGACCCCUGCCCAGGGUCUCCGCAGGUCUCUGCCCCACGCGUUCCCGUCGCUGACAAAGCCACCAGCUGCCUCCUUUAAGCUUGGUGCUCCGGCUCUGGGCCUUUCUCGCUCUCUCUUUUUCUGUCUCUCUUUCUUGCUCUCUUUCUCUCUUUCUCUUUUUUUUAAAGAAAAAACAACUAAAAGACAAUGAAAAAACCCAGAAAACGUCAUGUGAGUGAAGAGAUGUCACUGUCUGUGGUCUUGGAGAACUAGUCUAGUAGCUGAGGGGAGGGGUCCCUCUGGUCUGGGGCACUGGCACCCACAGCAGGACUUCCGCCAGUCUGAUGCCAGGACUGAAUAAAGUGUAUUUGCCCCGACCUCGCCCUGUGGUUCUACAUGUCUCUGCCUUUCCUCAACGGUCCCCCAGACAGUUGGCCAGAGUGAAGUCCAUGUGACUUAGCAUCGUGCUGGAAGAGUGGGGUCCAUGGGCAAGGCACAUGGCCCCUUUAGGCCUCUGUCUCCUGCUCUCUCAGGACUCCCUGGUCUUCAUUAAGGGUGACAAACUCAUCCAUCCUCAAGGCCAGGCGUGUGACAUAAAUGAGAGAGGCUGGGUAGACACUGGCUUUCUGACCGACUUCAUUGGGGGCAGCAGCUCACCUCCGGCAGCUGUGACCUUGUGAGAAUGCAGCCCACAGUGGCCAGAUUUUCCAAGAGAAGGUAGAUAACCUGGAUGUUUCUAUGAGCAUCUCAGUUGCAAAAUGAAAGCUGGUUCAGAAAUUUUUAAGUCCGAGUGCUCAAAUGAACCCAAGUGUGCAGGCAUCCCUGGUCCAAGGGGCCCAGUUUGACCCUGACCUUAACGUGAAUUAGAAGGGUCAGGCCACAUUGUCUGGGCUCCAAAGCCCCAGUACCACCACCACCACCCAGAACUUGUGUGACCUUGGGAAAGUUGACUUCACCCUGAUUCUUUUCAUAGGAGUAACGUGAGGAUGAUAACAGUGCCUGCUGCAGGGUGAGAUGAAGUUUGAGGUGAGAAGCAUUUAAUAAGAUGCUCCCCAAAAUGUACUACUACACUGUCCAGAGGAGGAAACAGAGUCAGGAUGGCAAUGCAGUGUGUAGGAGGGCCUGCGAGCAGCCAAGGUCAGAGUCAGGGCCCCACGCUUGGGUUCUCUCUCCCUGUGGAGUGUUAGGUCAGGGUGCUACCUCUCCCCUGUUUGCCUCUGCAGGUAGUGGUAGGCUGUCCCCUCAGGGCUUCUAGUGGGGUAGGAUUGGUCCCAGCACCUGGCGCACCAUUGGCCCACAGUGUAGAUUUAUUGAAUGAGUAAGGAAGAGCCACGGGAGCCACAGCAAUACCUUGAAAUUCUUACCAGUGGGUUCAGGAUGCAGAGGAAAGCCUUUUCAAAAUUCUUUGUCCUCCUGACACCCUUCCCCCCCCCCCGAAUUCCUCUACUGCCAGAUCCAGUGAAUUCCUAGGGUUGAACAGAGCCUGUGUGCCUGGGAAGAACCACGGCCAAGUGUGCAACCUCAUUCAGAGAGGGUAUUUGGGGACUGGGAUACCCAAAGGCAAUUUCAGAGAAGAGUGUGGCAGGCUCUGGAGGGCUAGGUCCCUAUGGAAAGGGGUUCUGGGUGGGGGAAGUGCAAGAAUUAGUGACCGUGCUCUCUGAAAGCAAGGUGGCAAUCAAUCAGUCCUCUAGGAAAGAAUUGAUAAGGUGAGAAAUACAAAGAUAGGUGCCACCUGAAACGCCCUUGAAAGAAGGACUUCCCCGGCCAUGAGAAGUAAGGUCAGUGGAUGGCCUCCAGCUGCCAGAGCCAAUCCACCCAGGGCAGCCUGCACCCAGCUUCCCAGGGAGAUGGGGUAUAAACAAACGCCUGGCCUGGCCUUUUGGGUUCAGCGUGGGGGACAGACCUGACAGGCAGCGCAAGUACACCAACUCCCCCCUGCCGACACUCACCCCGGACCCCUCCAGGGUGGCCGGAGCUUUGCCAGGCCUGCAGCGCAGUUUGACCUCCCAUACUCAAUCCUGCGUGCUCCCUCUUCUUUUCACAGGUGUCUUUAUGCCUAAUAAAUAUCUUGCACCCUA